CCGAAUGCCACCUUGUCUUUGUCUUUUGUACUUGUGGCGCGGCCCCAGACAGUGUCUGCCUCGUGUUGCCGUCGCACAGGUGUGGAGCCUAACCUCGCCGCGCCACACGUGUACGACAGGCAGGUACAUCAUCCUCCCGUGCCAACGGCUACGGCUAACGGUAGCACAACCGAUGCGAGAGCAGUGAGCGUUGCGGGAUAGCGACUGUGGCCAGUAGCAAGGGGCCUCUCGGCGGAGGGCUGUGGUGUCCAGCCAGAAGGAAGGAAAAGAUGCUUUCGCUUGUUCGAACACGUAUGCAGUCGAUGAGGAGGGUGGGCACGCCUUUGAUGAAAUCUGUCCAGCAUAACCAGAACCCCCACCAAGCGGGAGGGGGGUUGUUCGAUGCCUGGGUGGGUGGAGGAGAUUGUGCGGGAAGGGCACAAAGUGUUUGUGGAGGAGGAGGAGGUGGUGGCGCUCUGUUGCCAUUGAUCUUCUGUCGUUGGGCAACUAAAAAGGCCGCUGGGUCUACGCAAAAUGGUAGAGACUCGCAGCCCAAGAAUUUGGGUGUGAAGUUGUUUGGCGGUCAGAAGGCGAUUCCUGGGAACAUCAUUGUGCGGCAGCGGGGGACGAGGUUCCAUCCUGGCGACUUCGUCGGGAUCGGUCGCGACCACACCCUCUUUGCUCUUGCCGAGGGACGUGUCCGGUUUCAGACCAACAAGCUCACAGGGCGAAAGUUUGUCCACGUCGAUCCCACCGGAGGACCGCCAUUGCAUCCGGAAUUCGCCGACCUACAGCAAUCGACGAUGGCGGCGGCAACAGAAGCGGCGGCAGCCGAAGGGGAUAAAUCUGCUGGGACGGUGAUCAAAACAACUCAGAAAAGAAACAGAUAUUGGAAGAAGUGAUAAGGAACAUACAUACAUUGAAAAGGAAAGAAACGAAAUGGGAUGCAGAGUGUGGGGAGGAAAGAAGAGCUUGGGAGAGCUUUGCUGCACGGACAAACGAAUGGUCCUCCUUUCCGUCGCUGGUGUCAAGAAGAAGAUGAGAGAUAGAGUGCCUCAAUACUGUGGGAGCAUGAUUAUAACAAGCAAGAAGUGUACAGGGCAGCAAAGCAGGAGAGGCUCCUCAGAUCGACGCUCAGCAGACUAGGGGAGCUUUGCGAAGACAACCCCAAAGUGGCUCCUCCUUUCCCUCAAUGGUGCAAGAAGAUGAGAGAUACAGUGUGCCUCAAUGAAGUUCGCUUCAUUAUCUAUAACAAGGGAUAAAUGUGCAGGGCAACA